GCAAAGCUUUAACGUAAUAAUGAUUCUCUAUCCGGUACAUAAUGAGGGUCUUUGUUACUCAUUUCAAUAAUGAGCUGUACUCGGCUGUGUGUAAACAUUCCUUAACCAGACAGGAAGAACGACCCCUUGACCCAGUCGCUCGGUACAUCGGCGAUCGAUUAAUCUUUAGCUGGCUGCUCGGUGCAUCGGCGAUCGAUUAAUCAUCAGCUGGCUGCUCGGUGCAUAGGUCUUCCUUCGGCACGGACCUGCGAUGGCGUCUCAGCCUCCUCCGCCUAAACCAUGGGAGAGCAGGAGGGUGUUAGGCGGCCUCCCAGCCACGUCCUACCAGUCUGCAGAUCUUAGAGCAAGCAUCUUGACAAGACCAGGCCAGCCCACCCUUACCAGAGUAGCACCGCCUGUUUUACCCAGACCAUCGCAGCAGACUGGAAGUACUGGGCUCAGCAGCUACCGGCCUGCGUACAGCUCAUUCUCUCCCAGCUUUGGUUCCUACGGCAGUUCAUUCUAUGGCGGCUACAGUCCUUACAGCUAUGGACAUGGUGGUGCACUGGGCUAUAACAGAUUCCAAACAGACGACAUACCUCCCAGCAGGUUUGUCCGUCAUGCAGAAGAAAGCAGCAGAGGAGCCUUCCAGUCCAUUGAAAGUAUUGUCCAUGCUUUUUCGUCCGUUAGCAUGAUGAUGGAUGCCACUUUCUCUGCUGUUUAUAACAGCUUUAGAGCUGUCCUGGAUGUAGCAAACCACUUCUCCAGAAUGAAGGUGCAUUUUACAAAUGUUUUCUCCGCUUUUGCUUUAGUGAGAACAAUCAGGUUUCUCUAUAGGCGUUUGCAACGCCUGCUGGGCCUUCAGAAGAACUCUGAAGCAGAAGAUUUGUGGUGUGAGAGUGCUGGAACUGUAUCACGUGCUGGCUCACAGGACGGCGCCACCAACUCUGUCAAGUCGUGGCCUAUUUUCCUGUUUUUUGCGGUCAUCCUUGGUGGCCCCUAUCUCAUAUGGAAGCUUCUUUCUGCUAGUAAUGAUGUUAAUAAUGAAAAUGUAAACUGGGCCAGUGGAGAAGACGAUCACGUCGUGGGGAGAGCAGAGUAUGAUUUCAAUGCUGCCUCUGAAGAAGAAAUUUCCUUCCAUGCUGGAGAUUUGCUAAAUCUAGCUCCUAAAGAGCAACAGCCCAAAAUACGGGGUUGGCUGCUGGGAAGCGUGGAUGGUCAAACGACUGGAUUUGUACCUGCUAACUACAUCAAAAUCCUAGGAAAAAGACGGGGAAGGAAAGCAGCAGGCGUGGAGCAAAGGCAGGAGCAGCAGCCAGUCCCUGAUCCCUCGGUUAUUCAAGGGGCUGCUACAGUUGCCUCAUUAGAAGAGCAAGAGGCUGCACUGGAGUCUGUUUUUGUGGAAAACGACAAGUCUGCAUGCAGCAGUAGCUCUAAUGAAAUUCGAGGGGUUGCUUUUGAUCUCUGAUCAAUGUGUUUGCAGCACACUAUGCAUUGCUAUUCCCUCCAGGAGCUAUAAGGGAUUAGAUACCCCCCCCCCCUUGGUACAAAGAAUGCUGCUAAAUAAUGCUCUGGGUGUAGAAUAACAUGCAUUAUGAGUCAGUGUGCAAGGUUCAACAACAUACACUUCUACACCUGAAUUCAGGAAAAGUACUGACGUAUACACAAGUGGAGCAUUAUAGUUGAGGCUAAGGUUUUGGGGGUUGCAGGAUCUAAAUACUGUAAGUUGCAUGUUAGUUUGAUAGUAAAGAUACUUCUUUUCUGAGCUUGUUAAUCUUUUGGGCCGUGGCACAGGGAAUGCUUUCUCUGCUGGUGUUUUCAACCCACAGGGAAGUGCCACCCAACCUUGUCUGCCCCUCACCUACCCAAUUCAUCCAGUCAACAGAGAGGGCUUUAAAACAAAUUGUGAUUCUAUAUAGGCAUCUGAGGAAUAUACAGAAAAUACAGCCCUGGAAAUGAUUCCAAACUACUUCUGCCACUCCCCAUUUAACUGAAUGAUUACAGUACUAGAUUCUCUAUUGUCAUGCAUUUCCUAUUGAAGGGCGCAGGGGCCGUUUUGGGAGCUUCUCUGCCAGCUGAAAUGCACAAAUAUAGAAAAGGCCUGGUGUGCCACCAGCCUUAUAACUGGUUAGCUCUUCUGUAUACGUAACAAAAUAACAAUGUUAGUCACGUAAGGGGUGAAUUUGCUUCUGUAAGCAUUAUAUACAUUUUUCAUGUCAUAAAGAUAUAUAGGCUAUCUUAAAGGAACUGCAGUUGACUUGCUAAUAUCUGUGUCUAAUGAAAGAUCAGAUCUUAGAUUACCUCUAUGUAUUAAUAACUGCACAUUGUUGCAAUAGGUUCAGUUUCUAUGAUUUCUUGACCUGCGGUUUCCUGGUUGUUUUCCUUCUAAAAUAUGCAUCAAACCUUCAGCCUGCAAACUUAUUCAUGCUUGGCUUUUUUUUUUCUUCCUGGAAGGGCUAAGCAAAAAAAGCAGAUUACAAAAGCUGCACGUUAUAAGGAUUGAGGUUGUUUAUUCUUAUUUAAUUGCUCAGCUAACAAAUAUUUCAGAAGUUUUAUUUAGAUUGAAAUAAUUGUUUGUUGCAUAUACUGUAGACACCCUUUUAACAAAACAAUUUUAUAUAUAUAUAUCUCUAUCUAUCUCAGAGGGCUUUAAAAUCAAUUAAAGGUUUUUAUUUCACAGAGGGAAGACCCGACAUUUCGGUCAGCAAUCAGACCUUUUUCAAAGUGCAAAAGCCCCUUAGAAAAAGGUUUGAUGGCUGACCGAAAUGUCGGGUCUUCCUUCUGUGAAAUAAAAACCUUUAAUUGAUUUUUAAGCCCUGUGAGUGCGAGACUUUCUCCUGCUUUACAUUUUUGCACCCAGGCAUCGUUAAUGUUUAGACGAGAGUGCUGGUAUUCCUUCAUACACACAUACACACACACAUACACACACAUAUAUACAUAUAUAUAUAUUAUGCGCAAGCUAUUGCCAUUUUAGAGUGCUUUAGACCCAUUUUCGCCAAUAAUUCUUUAGGUUUAGGGAGACCCUUGGUGCGACCAUUAAUGUCUGUAUUGUGAUCAUCUUUACAUGUAGCAGGUGAUCAAAAUGCUCUGGGAACCAUGGACCUGAUCAGCAAGAUUUCCAUUGGCUGCCUGACGGGGUUGAGAUUAGUGUUCACUCCAGCACCCUCACUGAAUGUUUUGAGAGUACAACAAUGUAUGUCGGUUUCUCUAAUUCUGAACAGCCCUAUCCCGAAUGGGGUCUCUCAAUGUGAUCUAAAUUUGCUCCUUUUUUUUGCUACUGUAAAUAUAUAAGUUUUUGAUCUCAAAAUAAAUAUUUCAAAUCUAAAUGUUAAUGUUAUAAAAGCAAGAAGUGUAUCACUACUUGUUUGCAAUAAAUGUGUUAGAAUUUCA